GCUGCAGUGCCGCCUCCCGUGAGCGAACCGGGGCUGCAGUGCCGCCUCCCGUGAGCGAACCGGGGCUGCAGUGCCGCCUCCCGGCCAGCAAGGAGCGGGAGAGGCACAGGCAGAGGCAGCGGCAGCCCCGGACCGGCCCCGCUCGCUCCGCCCCGGAAGGCUCUGCGGCCCCGCCGCGAUGCUGCAGCUGCGGGACGCGGACGAGCCCGGCCCGGGCGGCGGCUCCGGCAGCCCCGGCAGCCCCGGGGCCGCCACGCUGGUGCCGGGGGGGUCCGGGCCGCCCUUCGAGCCGCCCGCCCCGCGGGCCCGGCAGACGCUGCGGCCGCUCAGUGUCCGCACCGCGGGCCGCGCCGGCCGCCUGAGACAGUACUUCGUGUUCCGGCCCGGCACCAUCGAGCAGGCGGUGAGCGAGAUCCGGGUGGUCGUGCUGCCCGCCGAGGACGGGGAGGUGCAGAGCGUGUGGCUGCUCACAGAAAUCGAUCACUGGAACAAUGAGAAGGAGCGUCUUGUCCUCAUCACGGACUGGUCCCUCCUGGUGUGUAAGUACAACUUCAUCAGCCUGCAGUGCCAGCAGGUGACGAGGAUCGCCCUCAGCGCUGUGGACACCAUCUCCAUGGGAGAGUUCGAGUUCCCACCGAAAUCUCUGAACAAGCGGGAAGGUGUCGGUGUCCGCAUUCAGUGGGACAAGCAAAGCCGGGCCUCCUUCAUCAACAGGUGGAACCCCUGGUCCACCAACAUCCCCUACAUCACCUUCACCGAGCACCCCAUGGCAGACGCUGACGAGAAGGUCGCAUCCCUGUGCCGGCUGGAAAACUUCCAAACCCAGCUGAUCCAGGCUGUGAAGAAAGCCCACAAGGAGGGCCCUGUGCCAGGAAGUGCUUCUGGUGUCCUGGUGCUGGAGCGGCCCAUCCUCAUCGAGACCUACCUGGGACUGAUGUCCUUCAUCAACAACGAGGCCAAACUGGGUUACUCCAUGACAAGAGGAAAAAUUGGGUUUUAAGCCCCCUUGCUGUCCCCCGUUGAAGGGCAGGCCUGUUCUUCCUGUCCAUGAAGUGCCCUUGGAACCUGCUGAAACCCCACCCAAGUACCUGCUGUACCACAGAACCUUUGUGCCACGUUACUGCUGUGUCCCUGUGUAUGGUGUCAGAUCCUACCCUCUGCUUGGGACUGAUUAGUGUUGUCUAAAGAGGAAUUACUGUUCCAAUCUCCAUGAUCUCAGCGCUCUCAUUAAUGCCUGUUAGGAGUUUUGAAAGCUGUCAGUCAGUCUUUAACAAUAUUUGCUGGCUUUUGCUAAAGCUGCACUGUUCCACCUGCUCAGCAGCAGUUGGUGAACUCUGAAUAUGCUUUUUGUAAAAAUCCCUCUUAAGAACCCACUGGAACUUCCUCUGUUUCCUUGCUGCAGCCACAGAAUAAAGACUGUUGUGAGAGAACAUUGCCAAAAGCCUCACCAACACAUUUGCCUUCAAAGCUGUUCUUUGUAAAACUGAAAAGGAAUUCUAUUUUGGUUAGAUUGAUAUUCUUAGCCAUUUUUCUGAAAUCUACCCUAGUUUGGGCCAGGACUUUUUAAUGGAGACAGAGAAAAAAAACUUUCAGCACUGUGUGUCAGCCUUGCUUUAUACAUUCCUGCCCUGAGCCUCACGUCCAGGGAUUAAAUUGAGAAGCAGCACAAGAGACACUGAGCUGGCAUUGCUGAAGAGGUGAUUCUAACAAGCUUUUUCUUUGUGCAUGACCUUCUCUCCAUGCUCUUUUAUCAGAGCCUUUAUCUGCUGGAUAAACACUGCUGCAGUGGUGUUUUUUUGGCCUUAACAUAGGUGUGUGUUUGUGAAUCUCAUAAAAAGCUGGAGUCCUGAUGGAAUGCAACAAGCUGCAUUGUCCCUCUCUGUGCAUUUUCGAAGUUGUCUGUUCAGUUUUCAUUAACCUUGCAGUAAAGUUAAAUUUCAACUCAA